AUGGCGGCGGCGGGUGCAGUGCGGGCGGCCGUUCGGGGCUGGCGACCCGGCGGGUGGCCGGGCUGCGGGCUGCGGCCGCUGAGCCUGGGGCCUCCGGCUCAGCCUGGCUUUGUGGAAUCAGAGGAAGAGUACCGGUUUGUGGAGCGCCUGUUACCUCCCACCAGCAUCCCCAAACCCCCAAAGCAUGAACAGUACCCCACCCCUAGCGGCUGGCAGCCUCCCAGAGACCCCCUCCCUGACCUGCCCUACUUCGUGCGGCGUUCUCGGCUGCACAACGUCCCUGUGUACAAGGACAUCACGCACGGUAACCGGCAGAUGACUGUGAUCCGCAAGGUGGAGGGGGACAUCUGGGCGCUGCAGAAGGACGUGGAAGAGUUCCUGACCCCACUGCUGGGGCACACACCUGUGACUCAGGUCAACGAGGUGACAGGGAGCCUGCGGGUCAAGGGCUACUUUGACGAGCAGCUUAAAGCCUGGCUUGUGGAGAAGGGCUUCUGAGGCAGCUGGGCAGCCUACAUGCCAGUGUCCCCCGCCACCCCCAGGCUGGCAUCUUGCUGUUAGCUGCUGGUUCUCCUCUCACUGUGGGUUUCUCUUCAUGUGGGGCUCAAUUACUGAAAUUGUAAGGGCUCUGCACUGCCUUUGAAUAGAUGAAAAUAAAUUGUUAAAAAACCCCAUGGGA